ACUUAAUAUGUCUAUAAUUGAAAAUAUAUCUGUGAUUUUUAAAAGAAAUAUUUUUCUAAUGUUUAAAAUUAGUAUAUAUUUAAUAAGUUAAAAAUAUUUACAAAUAUAAGUAGAUUUUUUUUUGAUUCGUUUAAAAGAGAUUUUUAAUUUAAAAGAGAAUAUAUAAUGGAAAUAUAUACUUUUGACAAGAGUCUUCAAGAAAGAUUAGUCGAAUUAACUGAAAUUUUAUCUAGCAGAGAAAUUGUACCUGCAUCACGAAUUCAGGCAGAAUGGUCUUAUCAUAUUGAACUUGCAUUAGAACCUGUUGGUUGGCAAGCAUUAUGGAGAAUACCACGUUUAAUAUGUGAAGAUUUUCAAAUUCAUUAUCCUACUAUAGUAGUUGUAGAAGUUGAACAAGUCGAUUUCUCAGAUUUAUCUGCAUUGGUGAAAAUUACUGCUGUUCAAGAUGAAAUUCAAUUACCUGACAAAUAUGAUGUACCACUUAUUGACCUUUAUCCAACUCAUAAUCAACAAAAUACUGCUUUAGAUAUGGUGGGUACUGCAACUUGUAUCGAUCAACUGAGAUUCUUUUAUAAUUAUUUAUGGAUGCCAUGGGAUUUGGACGAUGAUGAUAACAUUGAUUGGGUGUCUGUACAUUUGGAAACAAGAAUUAGAUUAUUUUUUGAUAUGAAAAGAGAUAUCGUUAAUAAAGAAACCAGUGAUAUAAUUAGAGGUUUGGUAAGAGAAGGAAAAGAAAUUCAACAGAAAAUAUCAAGAUUAGAGGAUACUAUUUCUGAUGGAGAAGAAUCACAUAGCGAUAUAGUAGAUGGAGGGACCGCAUGUCAAUUGAUGAAACUUCAUUUUCGAUUACAACAAAUUAAAAGAGAAAUGGAAGUUCUUGAAAAUCCAGUUAUGAGAGAAAUACUUUUAAUGAAUCAGACGUUAUCCUUAAAUAACGAUAAACUGGAGAAGAAGGAAAAUAAAGAAAAAUGUAAGGAAGGUUAUUUUGUAUGGCUUGGUGGUACUCUAGAAGAAAUGAAAGAAACUGUAAAUAAAAUUCAAUCUUCUUUAUCUACAGAAUUAUUUUUCAGAAUAUCCGGCUCUCUCUUGGAAACUUUACAUACAUGUGAUGCAGGAGAUAUAAUCAUAAUUGGAAAAGGAAUUCAUCAAAUAAAAGGUGCUGGUAAUUUAGAAGAUGGAGGUACCAUUAAAGGAAUUUGUAAUUUAGAGCAUACUAUUCUUAAUAUGAAAGAUAUCGAGUCAGCACCAUCAUUGCUUGAUUUUUCUGGCAAUGAAGUUUUAUUAGAAAAUAUUACUGUAGAUGUGGGUGAUCUUAGAGCAGCUGUAGUAGUAAGAGCUGGAAUUACAAAAAUAGUUAAUUGCAAAAUAUGUGCUUUAAAUCAAAGCAUGGUAAAACUAGGAGUUGUAGUGUUACCAAAUGCAAAAUUAAUAAUAGAAAAUACAAUUUUUGACAGCCUUGGGACAGGUUUAGUCAUUUAUAGUACUGCAGAAGUAUUUAUGAAUAAUUGCAGUUUUAAAAAUUGCGCAGAGGGUAUACAACUUUACGAUGAUGGAAAAUUAAUAGCACAGAAUUGUUUUUUGACACACUUAAAAGAAUAUGCUAUUCGAUUGGAAACCCAAAAAUAUUUAAAUGAUUUAAAACGCAAAUCUGGUGGUUGUGAAUUAUUAGAAAAUAUAUCUGAAAUUUCUCUUCAGGAAUGUAAAUUUGAGGGUAAUGGCAAAGGAGAUGUCAUAUUAAAAUUGGGCAUGCCAUUCGUUUUAAAAAAACAAGAUGAACCUAUGAAUAUGGAAUCUUAAAGUAAUUAAUUUUAUUCUGAAUGAAUUUUUAUUUUUUCAUUAAAAGUGCAUGUAAUUCUUAAAUGUAUAGAAAUAUAAGAA